CCGCCGCUCGCGCACGCGCCUUGCGAGUUCUCCGCGCCUCCUCGGCCCGGCCCUCACGGCCCCUCCCUUUGCCCUUCACGGCGUCAGCUUCUCCUGGGCUGAGGCUGCUGUCCACCGCUGGACAGCCAGCGUUUGCCCUUUUGCUUUCCUUCCCCUUCCCUCCCUUGCCUCUAGCACUAGUGUCGCGGGCACAGCAGUGUCCCAGAAGCCGCACGUAUAACUUGCUCGGGAUAACUCAUUUGAUUUCGGAGUUCUUUUAAUUCUUCUGAAAGGUUUCAGCUCCUCAAACAGCCAAAAUGGAACACAGUAGACAGAUUCGAAUUUUAUUUCUAAAUGAAAUGGAAAAGCUGGAAAAGACCCUCUUCAGACUUGAACAAGGAUUUGAACUACAGUUCCGAUUAGGCCCAACUUUACAGGGGAAAGCAGUUACUGUGUAUACAAAUUACCCAUUUCCUGGAGAAACAUUCAAUCGAGAAAAAUUCCGCUCCCUAGGAUGGGAAAAUCCAACAGAAAGAGAAGAUGAUUCUGAUAAAUACUGUAAACUUAAUCUUCAACAGUCUGGAUCAUUUCAGUAUUACUUCCUUCAAGGAAAUGAGAAAAGUGGUGGAGGUUACAUAGUUGUGGAUCCUAUUUUACGUGUUGGUGCUGAUAAUCACGUAUUACCCUUGGACUGUGUUACUCUCCAGACAUUUUUAGCUAAGUGUUUGGGACCCUUUGAUGAAUGGGAAAGCAGACUUAGGGUUGCUAAAGAAUCAGGUUACAACAUGAUUCAUUUUACCCCAUUGCAGACUCUUGGAAUAUCUCGGUCAUGCUACUCUCUGGCUGAUCAGUUAGAAUUAAAUCCUGACUUUUCAAGACCUGGUAAAAAAUAUACCUGGAAUGAUGUUGGACAGCUGGUGGAAAAAUUGAAAAAGGAAUGGAACAUUCUUUGUAUUACUGAUGUUGUCUACAAUCAUACUGCUGCUAACAGUAAAUGGAUCCACGAGCAUCCAGAGUGUGCAUAUAACCUCGUGAAUUCGCCACACUUGAAACCUGCCUGGCUCUUAGACAGAGCUCUUUGGCAUUUAUCCUGUGAUGUUGCAAAAGGGAAAUACAAAGAAAAAGGAUUACCUGCGUUGAUUGAAAAUGAUCAUCAAAUGAAUUGCAUUCGAAAAAUAGUUGGGGAGGAUGUUUUUCCAAAGAUUCAUCUCUGGGAGUUUUUCCAAGUAGAUGUUAACAAAGCAGUUGAGCAAUUUAGAAGACUUCUUACACAAGAACAUAGGAAAAUAACUAAGUCUGACCCAGUGCAACAUCUUAAGAUUAUUCAAGAUCCUGAAUACCGACGGCUUGGCUGUACAGUAGAUAUGGACCUUGCACUAGCAACUUUCAUACCACAUGACAAAGGGCCAGCUGCAAUGGAUGAAUGCUGUAAUUGGUUCCGUAAGAGAAUUGAGGAAUUAAAUUCAGAGAAGCGUCAACUCGUGAACUAUCAUCAGGAACAGGCUGUUAAUUGCAUUUUGGGAAAUGUUUUUUAUGAACGACUGGCGGGCCAUGGUCCUAAAGUAGGACCUGUCACUAGAAAAUAUCCUUUAGUUACCAGAUAUUUUACUUUCCCGUUUGAAGAAAUGACCCUCUCCGCAGAAGAAUCUAUGAUUCAUUUCCCCGAUAAAGCUUGUUUUCUGAUGGCACACAACGGCUGGGUCAUGGGAGAUGAUCCUCUUCGAAACUUUGCUGAACCAGGUUCAGAAGUAUAUCUAAGGAGAGAACUUAUAUGUUGGGGAGACAGUGUUAAAUUACGCUAUGGGAAUAAACCAGAGGACUGUCCUUAUCUCUGGGCACACAUGAAAAAAUACACUGAAAUAGCUGCGACUUAUUUCCAGGGAGUACGUCUUGAUAACUGCCACUCAACACCUCUUCAUGUAGCUGAGUACAUGUUGGACGCUGCCAGGAAAUUGCAACCCAAUUUGUAUGUGGUAGCCGAACUGUUCACAGGAAGCGAAGACCUGGACAAUGUCUUUGUUACUAGACUGGGCAUUAGUUCCUUAAUAAGAGAGGCAAUGAGUGCACGUGAUAGCCAUGAAGAGGGCAGGUUAGUUUACCGAUAUGGAGGAGAGCCCGUUGGAUCGUUUGUUCAACCCUGUUUGAGGCCUUUAAUGCCAGCUAUCGCACAUGCCCUCUUUAUGGACAUUACCCAUGACAAUGAGUGUCCUAUUGUGCGUAGAUCAGCGUAUGAUGCUCUUCCAAGUUCCACAAUUGUUUCUAUGGCAUCUUGUGCUAGUGGAAGUGCUAGAGGCUACGAUGAAUUAGUGCCGCAUCAGAUUUCAGUGGUUUCUGAAGAACGGUUUUACACUAAGUGGAAUCCUGGAGCAUCUCCAUCCAAGACAGAUGAAGUUAAUUUCCAAAGUGGCAUUAUCGCAGCCAGAUGCGCUAUCAAUAGACUUCACCAAGAGCUUGGGGCCAAGGGUUUUAUUCAGGUAUACGUGGAUCAGGUUGAUGAAGACAUAGUGGCGGUUACAAGACACUCACCUAGUAUCCAUCAGUCUGUUGUGGCUGUGUCUAGAACUGCUUUCAGGAAUCCCAAGACUUCGUUUUACAGCAAGGAAGUGCCUCAAAUGUGCAUCCCUGGCAAAAUUGAAGAAGUAGUUCUUGAAGCUAGAACUGUUGAGAGAGACACGGAACCUUAUAGGAAGAGUGAGAAUUCAAUCAAUGGAAUGCCAAAUAUCACAGUAGAAAUUAGAGAACAUAUUCAGCUCAGUGAAAGUAAAAUUGUUAAACAAGCUAGAGUUGCCAAAAAGGGACCCAAUGAAUAUAUUCAAGAGAUAGAAUUUGAAAACUUGUCUCCAGGAAGUAUUAUUGUAUUCAGAGUGAGCCUUGAUCCGCACGCACAGGUUGCUGUUGGAAUUCUUCGAAAUCAUCUGACACAAUUCAGUUCUCACUUUAAAGCUGGGAGCUUUGCUGUGGACAACUCAGAUCCUGUAUUAAAAAAUCCUUUUGCUUCUAUUGCCUCUAAAUUAACUUUGGCUGAGCUAAAUCAGUUACUUUACCGGUGUGAAUCAGAAGAACAAGAAGAUGGUGGAGGGUGUUAUAAUAUACCAAACUGGUCAUCUCUUAAAUAUGCAGGUCUUCAAGGGUUAAUGUCUGUAUUGGCAGAAAUAAGACCAAAGAAUGACUUGGGGCAUCCUUUUUGUGAUAAUUUAAGAUCUGGAGAUUGGAUGAUUGAUUAUGUCAGUAACCGGCUUAUUUCACGAUCAGGAACUAUUGCUGAAGUUGGUAGAUGGUUCCAGGCUAUGUUCUUCUACCUGAAGCAGAUUCCACGUUACCUCAUCCCAUGUUACUUCGAUGCUAUAUUGGUUGGUGCAUACACCACUCUUCUGGAUAUAGCAUGGAAGCAGAUGUCAAGCUUUGUGCAGAACGGGUCAACAUUCGUGAAACACCUCUCGCUAGGUUCAGUUCAGUUGUGUGGCGUUGGAAAAUUCCCUUCUUUACCACGUCUGUCACCUUCACUUACGGACGUACCAUAUAGACUAAAUGAGAUCACAGAAGAGAAGGAGCAAUGUUGUGCUUCUCUAGCUGCGGGCUUACCUCAUUUUUCAUCUGGUCUUUUCCGCUGCUGGGGAAGGGAUACUUUUAUUGCUCUUAGAGGUCUGCUGUUGGUUACUGGACGCUAUUUAGAGGCCAGGAACAUUAUUUUAGCAUUUGCUGGUACCCUGAGACAUGGUCUCAUUCCUAAUCUCCUUGGUGAAGGAACUCAUGCCAGAUACAACUGCCGGGAUGCUGUGUGGUGGUGGCUACAGUGUAUUCAGGACUACUGUAAAAUGGUUCCAAAUGGUAUAGACAUUCUCAAGUGCCCAGUUUCCAGAAUGUAUCCUACAGAUGAUUCCCGUCCUUUGCCUGCUGGCACACUGGAUCAGCCAUUAUUUGAAGUAAUACAGGAAGCUAUGCAAAGACACAUGCAGGGCAUACAGUUCAGAGAAAGAAAUGCUGGUCCACAGAUCGAUCGAAACAUGAAGGACGAAGGUUUUAAUGUAACUGCAGGGGUUAAUGAUGAAACAGGAUUUGUUUAUGGAGGAAAUCGCUUCAAUUGUGGUACAUGGAUGGAUAAAAUGGGAGAAAGUGACAGAGCUAGAAACAGAGGAAUCCCAGCCACUCCAAGAGAUGGGUCUGCUGUGGAAAUUGUGGGCCUGAGUAAAUCUGCUGUGCGUUGGUUGCUGGAAUUAUCGAAAAGAAAUAUUUUUCCUUAUCAUGAAGUCACAGUAAAAAGACAUGGAAAGGUUGUAAGAGUCUCCUAUGAUGAAUGGAAUAGAAAAAUACAAGACCACUUUGAAAAGCUAUUUUAUGUUUCUGAAGAUCGUUCUGACCCUGAUGAAAAGCAUCCUGAUUUGGUUCACAAACGUGGCAUGUACAAAGAUAGUUACGGAGCUUCAAGUCCUUGGUGUGACUACCAGCUCAGGCCUAAUUUUACCAUAGCAAUGGUUGUAGCCCCUGAGCUCUUUACUGCAGAAAAAGCAUGGAAAGCUUUGGAGAUUGCAGAAAAAAAACUGCUUGGUCCCCUUGGCAUGAAAACUUUGGAUCCUGAUGAUAUGGUUUACUGUGGAGUUUAUGACAAUGCCUUAGACAAUGACAACUACAAUCUUGCUAGAGGUUUCAAUUACCACCAAGGACCUGAGUGGCUGUGGCCUAUUGGAUAUUUUCUUCGUGCAAAAUUAUAUUUUUCAAAAUUGAUGGGUCCGGAGAGUUACACAAAGAGCGUAUUUUUGGUUAAAAACGUUCUUUCCCGACAUUAUGUUCAUCUUGAAAGAUCUCCUUGGAAAGGACUUCCAGAGCUGACCAAUGAGAAUGGCCGAUACUGUCCUUUCAGCUGUGAAACACAAGCCUGGUCAAUUGCUACUGUUCUUGAGGCAAUUUAUGACUUAUAGUUGAUUCAUGGAUAUUUAGUAAAUAUGCAAUCAUUUGUGUUUUGGAGUGGAAAUUCAUCAUAUAACAUAAAUGCCAUUUUAUGUGCAAGCUCACAUCUUUUUAAAACUCUGAUAUAAUAAUGAUGCCCAAUUAGGAAGGAUUUAUCGAAGCAUUGAUUUUUCUUUUUUUAAUGUACAGAGGUAGCUUUUGAUUUGAAUCAGAAAGAAAACUUAUCAUUACCAAUGGAAUUUUUUUUUUUUUUUAAUUCAGGAAGUGUUCUUCAAAUGCCUAGAAAUCCAGACUUUAAAAAAAGAAAUAUCGUGUAAUCUUGUAUUUGUACAUAAGCACAAAUAAAAUCUAAAAAUCUAGUAAUGAAAGAAAUGGAAAAGGCAUCUUUAAAUUGCGCUUUAUAUUUUCUUCAGUAACAAUCAUGGAAUAGACUCUGGUUUGUCAGUGUUCUCACCUCUUUUCCAUAGUAGUCAUAGCACCUUGCUCACUGCCUUCAGGACAUGAUAAAUGAAUGCUGUAUGACGGCAGUGUCCAUCUACCAUAGAGCUUCAUAAAUGGAGCACAGAUAUUAAUAUGCUUUUUCACUGAUGCAUUAAUAUAUGUUUUUAAUAUAACGAAUGUCAGAAGUAUAUUUAACAUAUUUACUUGUGCUAAUGAUGCAUAGCAUCAUUGUGCAGCCAUGAAGAAAAAAACCCACAAACGUUAGGAAAUUUAUUUCCUAAAAACAGUUUGAUAAAAUUAGUCCAGAAUUACAGUUUCCUAUUAUGAGAUGGUUUGCAUUUUAAAAUUCAGAUUGUUGAAUAUACAUAUGAAACUUUAAGAAAUAGAAGACGCUGUAUUAAUUUUCUGAAACUUAGCAACUAUUUUAGUUUGUGCAUAAAAGUCUAUUGAUAGGUCGUAGUAGGUACUGGUUUCCUGUUUACUAAAACCUACAUGACAAGUUUAGAGAACAUUAAAAUAAAAUUGAGAGUAAUUUUAAUAUAAUAAAAAUAUAAUAGAUGUGAAUUUAGUAGUUAUUGGAAUUACAAUAAAAUCAUUUGAAAUAUUUUUCAUGUUUUUUUAAGAUAUCUUAAAUCUGAAAAAGUCAUAAUUGGAAAAGUAUUUUAAUAUUUGUAUGAGCUGAUGUUUUUGAGUAGUACUUAUUUUCUAGAUGGACCUGUUUUGUACUUCAGCAGAAAACCUAUUCUUAAAAAAAUAGAAACAAAUUUACUGUUAUUAUAAUUUACUGUUUUUGUCUCAAGAAAACACUUAGAUUAUUAUACCUUGAGUUGGAAGCAUAUAGUUGCAAAAAUCCCUUCAUUAUUCAGUGGUAUAUUUAUAGUUGAUAAAACAAUGGUAUAGUAACACUUUUCAUAGUUAGAAUCACAUACUCAAUGACCUUAACUGUCAUUACAAAGAAUAAGCAAACAAAAACUCCUGGGUAGCAAACAUAUAAAUGCUUCAGAUGUCACAUACUGAUGCUCUAAAGCUCAUGCAGUUUACUGUGAGAUUACCCACGCACUCUUUCUCAACACUGACUCGACUUUAGAAAUAGUUUUACUGGCUUAGUUUUUGGGUCUUCCAUCAUAAACCAAAUUAAAUCCUGCAAUUUUAAAGAUCGUAAUCUGACCACUAACUAUAAACAUUGGUUUCUCAAUUUCCCUUCCUUCCUCAUUGCUCAAUGUGUAAUCUCUAAACUGAGCAGUUACAAGAAAUAACCUUCCUUGAGUUAGUUCACCUAACUCAUCAACUCUACUAACCUUCCAUUAGUUCAUCAAUGGUUCAUGUAAUUAUGUUGCUCUGCUCUAACUUGUGUAUUAAAAAUAGUAACGAAGGUAACAGAAAAGCAUAUUUAACGAAAGUAAGAAGAAAUAGCUCACAAUUAAAUGAGACAAAAAACAAAUAAGAAACGAAUUGACAAUUUUAAAAACGCAUUGCGUUAUCUAUGGUAGGGCAGAUGUCCACCCCAGAAGACUGGCUCUUGUGUUGCAGUAGAAAACUCAGUGGUUCAUAUUCCUAAUGAGGAAUGUUAAUGAAAGAACAGUAGUAUAUUUUGCAUGGUCUGUUUGAAAGUUUAAGAAGGCGUGUUACACAUUAUUCAUCAAAGGUUUCAGACUUUGAGGGAAUAUGUGUCAUUUGACUAACGAACAUUUAGAAUGCUUCGAGCGAUGCUGGAUGAGGUACUGUUAUAUUUCAAAAAUUAAAUGCUUCUGUACCUCGAUUCUUCACUAAUCCAAAAUCAGUCCUACUGUAACAUGAGAAGUAAACUUGCAGGUUUAAUCAGUACGCUCUGAUAUUUUAAUAAAUUUUCAAAAAUAAUUGAGGAAACAUGAGACGUGUCAUCAUAUCUAUGAAUAUUAUAACACAAGUGAGUUGUAAUCCAUUUAUGGUAUGUCUUCAACUGCUCUGUGUAACAGACAAAUGUCGUUUUUAUGUUUGUGUGCCAAGAAAAUAAAAAUCUUUUCUAAAUGACUGUA